UCAGGCCUUUCCACGGGAGCGCGCCUGAGCCUCCGCACCGCCGCUGUCACGCUUUACUACCAACAGGCACGGAAUUCCAGGGAGGAAGUCACUGAGAUUGGGAAACGAACAACAACUCUAAACGGUGCCAAGAAAACAACUAACCUGGGGACGAAGGUGAAGAAAAGUCAGAACACAACAAUUCCUCAUUGGGAGCAGUAAAAAAAACCCACACACAGGUUUGGAAUAUGGACUAGAGGCGGCGGGGUCGCAGCAGAUGGAGGCGGCGAGAAGUUUGGUGUUUGUCGGGGCCGUGCUGCUCGGAGUGACGGGCGCGUUGGGCAGAGAAGUGUGUCUGGGUACAGAUAUGAAGCUUGCCCUGCCCUCCAGCUUAGAAAACCACUACGAGACCCUGAAGCUGCUCUACACUGGCUGCCAGGUUGUACACGGCCACUUGGAGAUCACACACCUCCAUGGAAACCUUGACCUUUCCUUCCUACAGGGGAUUGUGGAGGUGCAGGGUUAUGUGCUUGUUGCCCACGUGUCAGUGAGCCUGGUACCUUUGGACAACCUGCGGAUCAUCAGAGGCAGCCAGCUGUACAACUCCAGCUAUGCCCUGGCUGUGAUGGAUAACACUCUGAAUAGGCAAGGCCUCAGGACACUCCGGCUUCGUAGCCUUACAGAGAUCCUUUUGGGUGGGGUGUAUAUUUGGGGGAACCCCCACCUAUGUUUCCCAGACCCUCAGAACAUCAUUUGGAGGGACACCUUGGAUGAGCAGAACAUCCACGCCAGCCAGCACAGACUGCAGCCUCGGGCCCCUAAAUGUCCAAAUUGUUCCUUGGCAUGUGGGAAAAGCUGCUGGGGAGAAACUGCACAGGACUGCCAAACCAUGACCCGUAUUAAAUGUGCGUCUGGCUGUCAGCGGUGUAAAGGUCCGUUGCCCAAUGAUUGCUGUCAUAUGCAGUGUGCUGCUGGAUGCACAGGACCCAAAGACUCAGACUGCUUGGCAUGUCGUCACUUCAAUGACAGUGGUGUGUGUAAGGAGAACUGUCCUCCGCCUACUAUCUACGACCCUGUCACCUUUCAGACCAAACCCAACCCAAACAAGAAGUUCAACUUUGGAGCCACCUGCGUCAAGACAUGUCCCUAUAAUUACCUAGCUAUGGAAGUGGCCUGCACUUUGGUUUGUCCCAAAGCCAACCAGGAGGUAAUCAUCACCCAACCUGAUGGAGACGAGACACAGAAAUGUGAAAAGUGUGAAGGAGACUGUCCCAAAGGAUGUUAUGGUCUGGGUAUAGACAACCUUGGUGUCACAGAUAACCAUGGCAUCACCAUGGUAACAUCUUCUAAUGUGGAGCAGUUCACUAGGUGUAAGAAGAUUUUUGGUAGUCUGGCCUUCCACCCUCAGAGCUUUGAAAGGGACCCUGUGACCAACACAUCAGGCCUGACUCUGGAGCAGCUGAAUGCCUUCAAGAAAGUGGAGGAGAUCACAGGUUACUUGUACAUUGAUGCCUGGCCUGAAGAGUGGACUGACCUGAGUGUGUUUGAGAACCUAAAGGUGAUCAGAGGCAGGAUGCUCUACAAGGGUGUGUUUUCCCUUGCCAUCCAAAAUCUACACAUCCAGUCUCUUGGGUUGCGUUCACUACGCAGCGUCAGUGGAGGUUUGGUCCUGUUGCACAACAAUUCCCAGCUGUGCUACACCAGUUCACUUCACUGGGAGAGUCUCCUGCAUCCCACCCAGGGACCCCACCGCAUCGUCAACCACAACCAGGACCCCAAAGUCUGUGAGGCAAAAGGGUAUAUAUGUCACCCACUGUGUGAUGGGGGCUGUUGGGGUCCAGGGCCCAGCCAGUGUGUGUCCUGCAAAGCUUUCCGACGUGGCACUGAGUGUGUAGAGCAGUGUGAUAUCUAUCAGGGGGCUAUCCGUGAAUACACAGACAGAUCUUUGUGUGUUGCCUGUCACACAGAGUGCCGUCCUCUCAACGGCUCUGCCUCCUGUCACGGCCCGGGUGCAGAACAUUGUACAGAGUGUCGACACUUCCAGGAUGGUGAGUUCUGUGUGGACCAUUGUCCUAGCGUUGUGAAGGAGGAUCAGCAAACUGUGUGGAAGUACAGCAAUGCAACAGGUCACUGUCUGCCCUGCAACACCAACUGCGCUCUGUCCUGCACUGUGAUGGAUGAGAGAGGUUGCCCCAUUGACACCAGGACGGGACCGGGUACGACCAUCGCUGCUGCAGUGGGUGGAGUGGUGCUCUUUUUCAUCCUGCUGGCUCUGCUGGUGUUCUACCUGAGGAGGCAGAAGAAGCUGAAGAGGAAGGAGACCAUGAGGAGGAUCCUGCAGGAACAUGAGCUGGUAGAGCCUCUAACACCCAGCGGUGCGUCACCCAAUCAAGCUCAGAUGCGUAUCCUGAAGGAGACUGAGUUGAAAAAACUCAGGGUGCUGGGUGCUGGGGCCUUUGGUACUGUUUACAAGGGAGUGUGGGCUCCUGAUGGGGAAAAUGUGAAAAUACCAGUGGCUAUUAAGGUAUUACGAGAGAACACCUCGCCAAAGGCCAAUAAAGAAAUCCUUGAUGAGGCUUAUGUGAUGGCAGGGGUUGCCAGCCCCUACGUGUGUCGUCUUCUGGGAAUCUGUCUGACCUCCACGGUGCAGCUGGUCACUCAGCUGAUGCCGUACGGCUGCCUUCUGGACUAUGUCAGGGAGAACAAGGACCACAUCGGCUCUCAAUUCCUCCUCAACUGGUGUGUCCAGAUCGCCAAGGGAAUGAGCUAUCUAGAGGAAGUCCGGCUGGUCCACAGAGAUCUGGCCGCCCGCAACGUUCUGGUGAAAAACCCAAACCAUGUGAAGAUCACAGACUUCGGCCUGGCCCGUCUGCUUGACAUAGACGAGACCGAGUAUCACGCUGAUGGAGGGAAAGUGCCAAUUAAAUGGAUGGCUCUGGAGUCUAUUCUGCACAGGAAGUUCACUCAUCAGAGUGACGUCUGGAGCUACGGGGUGACAGUGUGGGAGCUCAUGACAUUUGGUGCCAAACCCUAUGACAUGAUCCCAGCCAGGGAGAUCCCAGAAGUUUUAGAGGGAGGAGAACGGCUCCCCCAGCCCCUCAUCUGCACCAUCGACGUCUACAUGAUCAUGGUCAAAUGUUGGAUGAUUGAUCCAGAGAGCAGACCAAAGUUCAAAAAUCUGGUGAAUGAUUUUAGUCUCAUGGCCAGAGAUCCUCCUCGCUAUGUAGUCAUUCAGAACGAUGAGCAGAUGAGCAUGUCCAGCCCGGUGGACAGCCAGUUCUUCCGGACGCUCAUGGAGGAGGAGGGGAACAAUAUGAGGGAUCUGUUGGAUGCUGAGGAGUAUCUGGUGCCUCAGCCAAACCUCUACCCCAGGGCUCACGGAGAUGGAGUUCAAUCCAAUGGGCCAUCCAGGCACCAAUCACACAGGCAGAGCAGAGAUCAAGGCUUAGACGUUGAGCCCCCCAUGACGGGCGGCCCUCAGAGCAUGUACUCCUCCCUGACCACUCUGGGCCGCAGCCAGUACCCCACCCUACCUUUAGGUGCCAGCACCUCCAACGGCCUGUGGGGUCCUCAGUACCCGACGCUGGCUCGCAGCCCCUCGGCCGGAGGCCAGUCUGACUCGGUCUUCCUGGACGGGCCUCCAGACGACCCCUCGCUGCCCCCGGCCAGCCCUGGACGCUACUGCAAAGACCCCACCAACCCCAACGGGAGCCAGGGCGACUUGGAGACGGAUGGGCCAAAUGGCUUUCAUCGUCCUCAUCAUCUUCACCAUUCACUGCCCAGACAGAGUCGUGGGUAUAAUCACAAUCAUGUCUUGCCAGAGUACGUCAACCAGGAGAUUCUGGAUCUCAGACCAGGGAUCCCUGAUCGGCCCAGCACGCUGCCUCGCAAAGGCUCUAGAGUAGACCGACGCCUCCCUAACGGCCUGAGCUCCGGUCACAGCGUGGAAAACCCGGGAUACUUGGUCCCUGUGAGCUCCGGGGCCUCCACCUCUCCGGCCUUUGACAACCCAUACUAUCUGGACCUUGUGGCCAAAGCCAAAGCGGUAGCUGGGGCCGCAGCAGGGGAUGGGGCACUUGAGAGAGACGGAGGAGUGCCCAGGCACGUGAACGGGUUUGUGACCCCCACGGCAGAGAAUCCGGAGUAUCUGGGACUAGCAGACACAUGGACUGGACAUACUUGAGGAGAGGGAAUGGGAAUAAUGAGAUGAACUCAAGAGGAGUCACAGCUUGUGUUCUACUGAGGUAAAAGAGGAGUGAGAGAAAGGGAAGAUUGGUAUUUGUGUGACAGAAAUUGCCUGGGUGUGUGUUUGAAUGAGCAUGUGGAACUGAAUCUUGUCUCAAGUGAAGCACGCAAAUCAAAACCAGUAGAGGAUGCCCGGCAAAAGUCACCUAAUCACCCAGUUGUGGCACCGAGACUCAACACUGUGUAGCAUUGAUCUGGUGUUUGUUGCAUCAUUUGUAUUCCUGUCUUCCUCUAAGCAAUCUUCGACUGUUAAGUGCCAAAAAAGAAGUUUACUUAGCCUCUGUAAAUAACUCAGUACUUGACAAGCAAAGGAGUUCACAUUUGUGGAAACCCGUCUUGGUACGAGAAGGGUCUGAUUAUCACAGAAUCCAGCAUCUGCCUGGAUUCUGUGAAUGCUGUUUUUUUUUUUUUUUUUUUUAAACAUUCAUUUUCUUUUAACUUGUUUAAUGUCAGAGGUUGUUUCUACACAUGAAGCAUUUUUUUGUAUUUCCUUCUGUUCCCUCAUGUGUCCCAAUAUGCUACUCAGCCCAGCUAAACGGGGAAAAACAUAUAGAACACUUUGACAAAGUGAGCCAUGGUAUGCAUUGAAGAUUAUGUUUAGUAUUCUGGUCACUUUCUCCCAGACCUGAUGGGGGUCUUCAGUACACUCAAAGCCAUUUUGUUUUGGCCAGAGAAGGCCCUGCAGCCCAUCUGGCCAGUAGACAUGCUCCCAGAAAGAAAGGCAUCCUGUAUGGAGAAGACAGAGGCAUUGUGCCGCACUGAUGUAUGUGGUUGUUAGUGUCUGUGGCUGCAGCGUCUUUGUGGUACGGCAGAUGAAAUAUGAGGUACAGGCUGGCUUUUACAGCUGCACAAAUCUCGAAAAUUCAGUUUAUUCUGUUUUUGUUGUAAAAACAGUGAAUAAAUAAUUAUGGUAGAGAAAACCUUUCAGGGAUUGACAAUUUUGUAAAGAAUUAGAGAGAAAUAUUUACGUUUUAAUGAUGCAAAAUGCAGUACAUGUUAGGAUACUGUAUAUGACCCCCAAGCUUGUGUUAUCACAAUGAGCCCUUUGGUUUUGGUGGCCGUUCACUGUGCAAGAAAGUGUACAAGCUAUUGAUAAAUAUAUUCCAAAAGAAGUGAAGAAUUUGUAUGUGUGUGUGUGUGUGUGUGUGUGUAUAUAUAUAUAUAUAUAUAUAUAUAUAUACAUACACAUGUGUUUGUUAACAUUUAUGCAACAAAAAGCAGUUCUGCUGAUUGUGUUUUUGUGUAAAAGUGAGCAACGCACUGGACACUGGAGCUGAAUGUGAUUCCGAGGAGACAAAAACAUGGCUCUGCUCGGUUUGGAUAAUCAAUGCAUGGCUCAAAUUCCACUUAGCAAGAACACACUGGCAUCCCAGUUAAUAAUCAACAGCGUUUUUUUGAAGGCAGUUUUUUUCCUCAUGUUAACUAGUGUUGGGCUGGAGGAGGUCAAACCGAGUCAAUGGAGCCAUUGUCUGACCCCCAUGUCCUUUGUGGAAAGUCAGCACUCUCCCAACUCACACGUCCCAGCGACUGAUGUUGUCACAGCUUUGAAAAGACAGUAGAGUUUUUUUUCUGCCAAGGUUUGAGACUCGGCAGCAGAAUGUUGUUCAGUGUUUGGGGUUCAUAAUCCUGAACAAGACCUGAAAUAAGUGAGUGGGUGACAUGAGUUUCCCACAUUACUAAACAAACUGCAGUUUAUUGUCCAGCUGCAGCCAGCUACUACUGAGCUUCAACAUUUUUUUAAGGAAGAAUAUCUCAGAGAUGCAUAAUUUCUCAGAGAUUAUCCACACAAUGAAUGAAAUGUGACUGGUCAUGAGUGGGAGGGCUGAGACCUUUGUUUAAAUGUGUACAGCUCCCCAUCAUCCUCUACCAUCAUGUCAGUUUUACUAUUAAAGUCUUUGGCAAAUUUUCUUUUAUCUUGAUGUUCUCAUACGGGUUUUGCAGAGUUUUGUUCCAGAAUAAGAUCUCUAAAAAAUAUACCUAAUUUUGGAUAACAAUUUCUUUAUAUAACAAUAACUUAAAAAAAAGAAACAUGUUAAGAUUUUAUUUCAAUACCAUCAACUAUCGUAUACUAACAUAUAGAAUGGAAUUAUUUUUGAGUGAUAUGAUUCAUAGUUUUUCAUGUUUAUAUUAUAAUGGAUAUACAGUAUAAUAGUAUGUUUUGGAAUGAAACCCUUUGUAUGUAUUGUUGCUGUCAUGUGAAGACCUCGUAUCUCCAUAA